UAUUAGAUUCUCUUUUUCGGGAGUGCAACUACGGACACAAAUAAGGACAAUGAAUGAUCCCGAGCUUGAUGCGAUUCGUCAACAGCGGCUGCAGCAAAUGCAGGGCUCCAAUCCCGAGCAACAGAAAGCCAUGCAGGAGCAGCGGCAGGCGCAGGAUGAGAUGAAGAAUUCCAUGCUGUCCCAACUACUCGAUCAGGAUGCACGUGCGCGGCUGAACACGCUCAAGCUAAGCAAACCGGAAAAGGCGCAAAUGGUCGAGGGUAUGAUCAUUCGGAUGGCACAGAUGCGCCAGAUCGGUGACAAGCUAGACGAUGCCAGCCUUGUAAAGUUACUCGAAAGCCUCAACCAGCAGAUGCCUCGGAGCAACUCGACGGUUAAGUUUGAUCGGCGACGGGCCGCACUGGAUUCGGACGAAGAUGAUGAUUAUGGUAUUUAA